UCUGUUCCUUUUCGGUUUAUGCCCAUCAGGCCUUUUUCUUGUUUCCGUUUAUGGAAUCUGUCAUGUACUUCGUUCUUGGCGGGUGUCGGUUUUCCGCAUUAUGUCAUACUCAUUCCUGGCACCCUAACCCCUGUUUGGUUGAUGUCUUUGUUUGGCUUGCUAUACUGGGCCUUGUAUUUGAGUUUUGACUACCUCGGGUAUCUCUACAGUGUAAAAAUGACG